CAAGUGUCUUGGCCGCGGAGUUGGAAACUGCGAGUCUUUAAACCGUUUUGGAACAGGCAGUCAGUUCUGUUUCGGAUUUGCUAGCGUUACGUCGAGCUUAAAACAAGUGUCUCUCCGCUGCCGUUGGUGUUCUAGGUGUUCAGAAUCUCCGGUGAAGUUUCUCAGUCCUGGAUAUCAUACAUUGGUGAAAUUGUGUUCGACCAUUCAUUUUCCACAAAACGAAAUCACUUUUGUACAAAGUGAACAUAAAAUUAUUCCAAAAAGUAGAGAAAAUAAAGUGCUAUUGCAGGAAAACCAUGCAAAAAUUGUUUCAAAACUGAACAAGUGACCGAAGAAGAAGAAGAGGAAGAUAAGUGUUUAUAGCCAUGGAAACGCCAUCAACUAGCUCGGAAGGCCCCAAGCGACACAGCCUGACCGUGCACAAUGAAAACGAAAGUGAAGCCUCUAAACUGUCUCGAUCCCGCACUCCGUCACCCCCACUGCCAUACAAGGGCCCGAAAAAAGUUUCGUUCUCCGAUGAGUUACCCCAGGACGGUGAAGCGUCCGUCUCCGAGGCGUCUUCGGAUUCGACUAUGGCCCCAAAAGGUGAAAGUGUCAAACUGUCCCAUUUCGAUGUGAAUCCGUUUGUAUUUUUGCAACAGAAAAAUGAUUCCUAUUUGAACGAUUUACACCAGAGAGGUGACACCGUCGACUCCGUUCCGAUGUCCGGCUCGGAUAUUUUCCCUAACCAGCGGAAAAUUUCGAUACACGGAACGGAUGAAAGUGAAUCCGUUGACACUGAACCGAAACCGCCUACGUCGAUCUUGAAACCUAGUGACCUAGUUUCCAAGCAACCGUCGGUGAAACCGACCGACAACUUUGAUCCAAUAUCCGCCGGGUUGGUGAAUGAUCUGCGGGCUCAAAGUAAACUAGUGAACCAUCCGAUCGUUGGAAAGAAGCAAAAUUUGGCCGAUAGUGAUAAAAUUGAGAAAAGUGUCGUAGUGGCCAGUGGUGGCCCGGCCGUCAGUGCAAUGGAGCUGGAAGUGCAACGCGAUAAACGUCGCUGGUUACUGAUAUCCGAACUGAGCGCUAUUUUCGGCGAAGAGAAACACACCGUCGACGGUUUCAAGCGAAUUUUCCGAGAACAGGCGUUCCUGCAGAACCUGUUCCGGCUGUUUGACAUGGACAAUGAGAGCUGCUUGACGCAGGAUAAGUGGAUCGAGCAUCUCAAAGGAAGAUUGACGGACGAAAAACAAAUCGAUUUCGCCGAACAGAUCGAAUCAGUGGCGUAUGUGCUUUGUGGCGAGGGAACUGUGAGCUACGAAAAAUUUUGCCAAAUAUGGCACGCUAAAGGGAUCUUGGACAAGCUGUACCGGCUAAUAGACGUAGAUUCUACUAACCUCUUAUCCACCAACCAAAUUAUGGAGUUCAUCUCGAACCUGACCAACUCAAGGCCGCGAACCGGCUUCGAUAAAUCUUCACUGGAACGGCUGGAGCAGCUAUUCAUCAAAACGGUUGGGAACGAGAAGGAAAUCCGGCGGGAGGAGUUCAAAAAGAUCGUGACAUCCAAAAAUCCUUUCUUCACGGAACGCGUGUUUCAGAUCUUCGACAAGGACAACUCCGGAUCAAUUUCACUGCAGGAGUUUAUCGAUGCCAUGCAUCAGUUUGCCGGCCAGUCUGCAGAGGAUAAAAUUAAAUUUUUAUUCAAAGUAUAUGAUUUAGAUGGUGACGGAUUGAUUCAGCAUUUAGAGCUGCAACACGUGAUGCGAGCUUGUAUGGAGGAAAAUGGCAUGCAGUUCUCAGAAGAUCAGAUCGAAGAUCUGACCAUGGCAAUGUUUGAAGACGCCGACAAGUUCAACCGGGGCGCUAUCACCUACGAGGCACUCAAAAACCAACUGGAAAAGCACGGCGGUCUGUUGGAGAAUUUGAGUAUCAGUAUCGACCGGUGGCUGGUUCCACUGCCUCAGGAGGACAGUGCCAGGAAGAAGCAUAAAAAGAAACCACUGCCCCACCAGUUGACGGCGCCUUACAUCAAGAAUAAUUACGUGUAUCUGGCCUUUCUGGCUAUCUUCACUCUGAUCAACGUGGGCCUGUUCAUCUCGCGUGCGAUCCAGUAUCGCAAAAGCAACGGAUUUGUCAUACUGGCACGAGCUUGCGGACAAUGUCUCAACUUCAACUGUGCUUUCAUUUUGGUGCUGAUGUUGCGGCAGUGUAUUACAUUUCUUCGGACACGAGGUUUCACCACCAUCCUACCACUGGACCAGCAUAUCUAUCUGCACAAACUGACCGGGAUGCUUUUGGCCGCCUAUAGCUUACUCCACACCAUCAUGCACCUGUUCAACUUCACAACGAUCGUGGUCAACGAUCCGGUUAUAAACGCAAAGAACUUCACCACGGCAGAAUGGCUAUUCACCACCCGGCCUGGUCUAUUCGGUCUAGUAGGCGGCUGUGCGAACCCGACCGGAAUCGCCUUGGUAUUCAUCCUACUGGUCAUGUUCAUCUGCUCGCAGCCGUUCGUCCGACGUGGAGGCAGCUUCGAAGUAUUCUAUUGGACCCAUCUGCUGUACAUCCCCUUCUGGAUACUGGUGCUAUUUCAUGGUCCGAACUUCUGGAAGUGGUUCAUCGUACCCGGGGCCAUCUAUCUAGUGGAACGAACCGUUAGAUUAGUUUGGAUGCGAACACAACAUGGCAAAACGUACAUCUCAUCCGGGCUGCUGCUGCCAUCUAAGGUAACUCAUCUGGUCAUAAAGCGGCCACUCCAUUUCUGCUUUCGACCAGGCGACUAUGUCUUCGUCAACAUUCCCGUCAUUGCCAAGUACGAGUGGCAUCCGUUUACUUUGAGUAGUGCUCCCGAACAGGAGGACUACAUUUGGUUGCACAUCCGAGGAGUAGGUGAAUGGACAAAUCGCUUGCAUGGCUUCUUCGAGAAAGAACAAGAACGAUUACACAACGGAGAAAUUCCGGCGGUCAUUGCCGGUUGCUCGACCAACCCGUGUUCUUCGACUAGCGUGGUCGUACAGGAGAAGCCCAAGGAGUUACCUAUAAAGUUUUCAGCAGGCAUACCCAAAAGCGCUAGUGUCGAUUCUCCGUUGGCCAAGAUUACGGAAAAUACUUUCGAAAAACCUCUAAUAAAUAAACGUGCUCCUCCCGGAACGUCCAAGCUAGCAAUGGAAAGCUAUACCGCUCCCACGCCUAAUGCGGCACCGAAAUUCGACAGGCAACUCUCGGAAAACAAAGCGAUCAAAAAGAUUCAAGCUACACUUCAGCGAACAUUCUCCAGGAAGGAUCAGUUACGAGGCAAUGGUUUCACUAAUGACGGUUUCACCGGCGACGAUGAACAGGACGAACCCAAACGAAAGGUAACUCCAGAGCAUAAUCUGCAUAAACUGCUUUUUCAGCAGAAGGUUCCAUUGGAAAAAUCACUUUCCAUGCCAGACAUUCAGAAUAAAGUGAAGAAACGAGAACGAAUGAUGGUGCUUCGCGAGUACAUGCGCUCGGAGUCGGAAAGAUCGUUCGAUGAGGUUCAGAUUCGCAAAGCUCGUCUGCAGUCCUUGGGUCUGGCUUAUCUGAGCCCACAGAAUAAAUCACUGGCUCAAAGUUUCCGCUAUAUGCGCAACAAACCCACAAUCAUUGCCUUCAAAACUCCCAGUUUGGAAAACUGCGAACCACGCGAUUCAACCAACUCCAUGGUAGUGUCUCCCGGAUUAUUCACCCAGAAGGAAGCAGAAGAAGGGAAAAUUCUUCAUCGAAACGGGCAUUCGCCCCAGGACAAGCCCGGCGCUACCGACGAAGACAAACUGCAGCGACCGGUUAACUAUCCGGUGGGGAAACCACUAGAAAUAUACAUAGAUGGUCCCUAUGGAGCACCCUCAAGUCACAUUUUCCAGGCACAGCAUGCCAUCCUGAUAGCGACGGGCAUCGGUGUAACACCAUUUGCCUCUAUCCUGCAGUCUAUCAUGCAUCGGUACUGGAAAGCACGACACUGCUGUCCACGUUGCAGUUUCGAGUGGUCCAGCGAAAUUCCUCCCACCAUCAUGAACCUCCGGAAGGUCGACUUUUUCUGGAUCAACCGAGAUCAGCGAUCGUUCGAGUGGUUUGUGAAUUUACUAUCACAGCUGGAGAUCGAACAAGCGGAACUGGGCGGUGCGAUGGAACGGUUUUUGGAAAUGCACAUGUACAUCACCAGUGCUUUGCAGAAAACCGACAUGAAAGCGGUCGGACUGCAGCUAGCACUGGAUCUGCUACAUCAGAAGGAAAAACGUGACCUAAUAACCGGGCUAAAAACGCGUACCAACGCCGGCCGGCCGAACUGGGACAAAGUGUUCAAGCAAAUACAGGAUCAGAAGAAAGGCAAAGUGACCGUUUUCUACUGCGGACCCCCGCAACUGGCUAAAACACUACGUUAUAAGUGCGACCAGUUUGGCUUCCAGUUUCGCAAAGAAGUUUUCUAAAGUCCUUUCCGGCGCACAAACAGACAUGCACACCCACAAACACGUUAUCCUCAUAUUGAUUUACAUUGUUCACCCAUAAAAUGUUAUGCAAAUCGUUCAGAUGCCGAUUCACCAACUGUAAAUUACUGACUUUAUACUACCUGACCUAAUCAGUGCUGUAUGUAGAGCAAUAAAGUGAUUUAAUUUAUUGAGCUAUCCUUAGUUGCGUGUUAUUUCGAAUUAAAAAAACAAUAAUCAAAUACAA